UAAAGGACUUUCUUACUGGUUUAAUUAGUUCUUGUCAUUGUCCUGCGGAGGGGGAUUAAACUUACUGCGGCCGCAAAGUAACCGCGAAGCCAGUGCGUUGGUUAUAUUUUCAGCAAGCGGUUCGCAUGAGAAAGCCGAGGCUCUGUAGACCGGGGAUAAGUUUGUGCUGGUGCUCCAAAAACGCGCAUGUUUUCCUUGGUGUCCUGUUUGGCAUGCAUUUGUAAGCGCCGUCUGUCGCAUUUCACUUGUCUGCUUCCUGUUUGUCCAGGAGGAGCCGAGGUUAGGAUCGACUCCUUUAGCCAUGUUAGCUGCAACAUGCAACAAAAUAGGGAGUCCGAGCCCUUCGCCAUCGGCAAUUUCGGAUAACUCCUCGUCAUUUGGAAAAGGCUUCCACCCGUGGAAAAGAGCCGCCGCGAGCAGCUGCAGCCUCGGAUCCGGCCUGUCCGGCUUCGGGGUGUCCCGCAAUGGAGCCGGCAUCUCGGACUCUUUCGGCACCAACAGCUCCCCGGGAUCCAGUGCCUUUUCUCUCACGUCUGGUACCUCGCCUAGUCCCCACUUUGGAAACGAUUAUUCUGUAUUCCAAGCGUCCGUUUCGAGCAGCUCUCAAGAGCCCAACCACCAGCCGGUUUUCAUCUCAAAGGUGCACACCUCAGUGGACAGUCUCCAGGGUAUCUAUCCCAGGAUGAGCGUUGCGCAUCCGUACGAGUCCUGGUUCAAAUCGUCUCAUCCCGGUAUCCCCACGGGAGAAGUUGGCACCACCGGAGCCUCUGCGUGGUGGGAUGUGGGAGCGGGAUGGAUUGACGUUCAAAACCCUAACGGAGCAGCACUACAAACGUCCUUACAUUCCGGUGGACUCCAGACAUCCUUGCACUCUCCUCUGGGCGGAUAUAAUUCUGAUUACUCGAGUUUAAGUCACUCCGCUUUCAGUACAAGUCCCUCUCCACACCUGUUGACAACCGGCCAGCACCUGAUGGACGGUUUCAAACCGGUGCUUUCUUCUUAUCCGGACACAAGCCCCUCUCCGUUAACAGGGGCAGGUGGGACUAUGCUCUCCGGGGGUCCACCUGCAUCUUUAGCCGGGUCUCCGAGGUCAUCUGCCCGGCGGUACUCGGGCAGAGCCACCUGCGACUGUCCCAACUGCCAGGAGGCUGAGAGACUGGGACCGGCGGGCGCCAGCCUCCGGAGAAAGGGUCUCCACAGCUGUCACAUCCCCGGCUGCGGGAAGGUUUACGGGAAAACGUCGCAUCUAAAGGCGCAUUUGAGGUGGCACACCGGCGAGAGGCCGUUUGUGUGUAACUGGCUGUUUUGCGGGAAGAGGUUCACUCGCUCCGACGAGCUCCAGCGACAUUUACGCACACACACCGGGGAGAAACGAUUCGCGUGUCCGGUGUGUAACAAGAGAUUUAUGCGUAGCGAUCACCUGAGUAAACACGUAAAGACUCACAGCGCCGGGGGAUCCGCGGGAUCCGGCUCCGGGGGCAGCGGAGGGAAGCGGGGGAGCGAUACCGACAGCGAGCACAGUGCGCCGGGCAGCCCGCCGUGCCAUUCCCCAGACCUGUUGCACCCAACCGAGGCAGCCCAGGGAGUGGGCUUAAACGGCCUCUAAAGCUCCCAAACAGUGAAGUAAAAACUGUGAUACGCAGUGUUGUGAUGAGAGUGUCCGAGGUGGACAUGAAAGUGGACAUACCUUGGUGUGUGCCAAAUGCCUCGUCCUGAGUGUUGUCAUUUAAUGAGAAAAAAAAUAGGCCUAUAUACGUUUCUUUGAUAUUUUCCAAGUGUUUAAGACUACUAAUUGCAUAAUUUCCUAGCUGUACAUCAAAAAAAAUUCUCAUUAAUACAUCUGCGGUGUGAAAGUGUAAUCAAGUUCUUGUGACACACAUUGGAGGAAGGCACAAGUGAAACUUUUUUUUUCUCUAAAGCCGGAUCCCGAAUACGCCUGAUGUUUUAUUUCCCACUAUAUACAAAAAGCAGAAACACUGCUGCGAAAAAAAUAAAAAAAAAUUAAAUAAAAUGGGCCUGUAAAAGUUAUGCUACUGUCAUGGCCUACAUAUUGUUCAAAACCAAACACUGGCACUUUAUUAUCGAGCAGGAGGGAGUGCUUUUGUCACUGUGGAUGGACUGCUCGGUAGGAAACAAAUACCUGGUGGUGUAGUAAGGCGAGACAUGGGACGAGAAGAUUUUCAUUAUAUCGCCCAGUCCCACCAUUUGGUAAAGGAAGAGCAGGUGUAGGUUUAUAUCACAUAUCGCUGUUCACUCCACGAGCGCCAAGUUUGUAAGUAGGCCAGCCGAGGUUAAACUUACACUUUAACUUCGCUGCAAAAAAAGAAAAAAAAAAGAAAAAGAAAAAGGUGUUGUACAUAACUGAGAAAUGUAGGUUAGAAUAAUUACAGCCCAUUGUAAAGGUGAGCAAUGUAUUUGUCCAGGAGACGAUUUUGUAUAGGUAUUUCUAGUUGUAUAUGGACUCUAGUAAAUAUUUGAAAAUAUACGGAAAAAAUGUACUUGGAUUUUUUCUUUGACAUGAUAUGAAAUGUAUUGUGGGGAGUUCUAUUUAACCACGAGUUUUCUUGUAUUUAGGGGUCUAUCAUUAGGCGCACUUUGAAUUUAUUUGUAAGGUUUUGGAAAUCAUUUACUGUUUUACCCGCUCAUUUUAAUUUAAGUAAGCAUGUUGUAAAGUGAUUUUUAAUUUUACAAUGAUAUUUUCCCCUCCCCUCUCUCUCUCUCUCUCUCCCUCUCUCUCUCUCUUUAUCUAUCUUUCUCUCUCCGAGAAUGGCUUUUUAUUUAAGCCACUCAAUAAAGUCAGUAUGAAUUCAGACGUAGUUGAUCGACUCGGUUUGUUUGAUUGUUGAGUCGAUGAGACACUUUUUUUUAGUAUGACACCAGAAAGUUUGAAAUGAUUACACCUUGCCUCGAAUUUAAGUUUAAUUAUUAGAACGUAUCAGGUGUUUUUAAUCUAAAACGGUGCACGUGCUGUAUUUUACGAUCGCGUGGUUUUUACAGGGGUUUCAGGCCAGUGUUUUAUAAAGGGCCUGCAGGACCUCAACCUCAGAAAUUAUUUUAAAAUUCAAUAAUAAAAUUGCAUUAUUAUAUAGAGCAUCUGCCACGAAAAAAUAAUACAAUGAGGGAGUUUUCAUUUAAAUUUAAAAACCACUAUCCUCGCUUUAUGUCCGUUUCUGUUGCGCACGAAAGGCUCAAACUUUUUAGAGGACGAAGCCCAACUGCAGUUUUAUCGUUAGUUAAUCACCGCGUGGUAAAUACCUUGCAAUGUUAGCAAUAUUUCUAACAAUAUGUACUGUAAUUUGGACUUUCUCGAUUUUCUUAUCCCACAGUUUUUAUGAAAAAUAUACAUGUGCUCCACAUUUCUUUGUAACGAAACUUUCUUGCGCUCUACAACGGACAGUUUCCCAUUCUUGCACAUUUUUAUUUUAUUUUAUUUUUUUAUUUUAAUGGAGUUACAGGUUUAUUAUUUAGUCUUGUAAAAAUGCCUAAAUUAUUUAUAGCAGUCUGUAAAUAUUUAAAUAGUAAGAUGUGGACAAUUCAAUAAAAGUUAGGUUUGUGGUGAAGGAGUAUUUAGGUUCAACUUUAGGCUAUGGAUUCAAUUCCAUUUGAUCUCGAGUUAGUGAAAAAAAAAAGAUUUGGCUAUUACUGAAAUUCAAGAUUACCAAUAGAAAUUUUACAGAAACAAUAAAUAGCCAUUUAAAAAAAAAACAA